AUGAGAAUGACAUCUGAAACAAUACUAAACUUUCUAAUUGUCGAUGCUUUCCUUUUGGCAUUGGGUAAUAUCAAUAACCCUACUCCAUUGUCAAUAAGGGACUCAUUUUUUGUUACCUUUUAUGACUUCCUCUUCGAUGAAAAAUUGCAUUUUAGAAAGUUAUCACAGACUGUUUUGAACAAAAAGUUACUUAUUUUAACUAAGCGGAGUUAUCUUGACAUAGUGUGGGACCCAGCAAAUGGAUAUCUGGGUGAGGAGUUAUGCAAAAGUGUCAAGAACGCUAUUUUAAUCAAGUGGGGACAAUCAACUGAUAACCUUUUGUACACCAUCCACUAUAAGCACUUAAUGAAUAAUCAACUUCUAUUGCAAUUUAAACAAGGGACCAGUCAUUUUUAUGGAGGGAUUAUAGGUUUGCAUUACAACUGUACAUGUGCUCCAGCAAUGCAGAAAAAUAGUGAAACUGAUUCAACAUGCUUCGAAUUCUACAGUACCUAA